AUGUCCUCAGAGUCCCGACUCUACACUUUCUCGCAAGAAACGAAAGACCAAUUGCGCAAGUUCCGACUGGGCACCUCGCGGGCGAAGACGCCCUUGGCCAAGAUCUAUCAAAUCGAUACCAAAACUCAAGAAAUCAAACUCUCCUCCGAUGAGACGUACUCUGACAUGCUCGAGCUCGCCGACGAGCUUCCCGAUUCGUCUCCUCGAUUUAUUUUGCUGAGUUAUCCGUUGACGUUGCCCUCAGGCCGCGUCUCCGUCCCCUACGUGCUCCUCUAUUACUUGCCCGUCAACUGUAAUCCGAAUAUGCGUAUGAGCUAUGCGGGCGCUGUGGAACUCAUGCGCGGUACUGCGGAAGUUAAUCGUGUACUGGAAAUUCAGGACGCAGAGGACUUGCAGAGCAUCGGGGAGAAAUUGAUUGGUGAGGACUAG